GAAAAAAAUAAUUAAAUCAUUUUUCCCUCAUUAAUACUCUCUGUUAACUUCAUUUUUUCCCUUCAAAGUGAAGCAUUUAGUUAACAAGAACUUUCUCUUUCUGCUUUGACUUCUCCAAAGGUGAAACCUUUCUUGUCUAAAACAAAAUGGGUGCUUCUGGAAAAUGGGUGAAAGCAUUGAUAGGAUUCAAGAAGUCUGAAAAAGAGGAUCAUGAGAAGAAGGUUAAGAGAUGGAAGAUAUGGAGGAGUGAUGUUAAGGGUUUGAAGCAGAGAAAUGGUGUUGGGUCAGAAGGGUCUGAUUGUUCAUCAGUGAACAAUGAUGCUUAUACAGCUGCUGUAGCUACUGUGGUUAGAGCUCCUCCUAAAGAUUUUAAGGCUGUUAGGGAAGAAUGGGCUGCAAUUAGGAUUCAAACUACCUUUCGUGGAUUCUUGGCAAGAAGAGCAUUUAGGGCCUUGAAAGGAUUGGUAAGGCUUCAAGCUCUUGUUAGGGGCAGACAAGUAAGAAAGCAAGCUGCAGUGACUCUUAGGUGUAUGCAAGCUCUGGUUCGGGUACAAGCCCGGGUUAGAGCUCGUCGUGUACGUAUGUCCAUUGAGGGGCAGGCUGUGCAGAAGAUAAUAGAGGAACACCGUGGCAAACUUGACCCCAUGAAAGAAGCCGAGGAAGGAUGGUGUGACAGUAAACGGACUCUUGAAGAGGUCAAAACAAAGAUACACAUGAGGCAAGAGGGAGUCUUAAAGAGAGAAAGAGCACUUGCAUACUCUCAAGCUCAAAAGUCGAAAUCAAGCCAGAAUUUUGAUUCUAGAACCACUAUCUCGGUUCCAUCCCUCAAAAGUCUUGAUUAUGAUAAGAGCAACUGUGGAUGGAGUUGGUUAGAACGUUGGAUGGCAGCAAGGCCGUGGGAAAACAGAUUGAUGGAACAAGCAUAUACUGAUUCUUUGGAGACUACACCAAAGUCCAAGUCUUGCUUAGAGAGUCUCAAGGAUAAGGACAAGACGACAAUUGAACCAUGCUCCGUCAAAGUGAAAAAGAACAAUGUCACCAAAAGGAUAUCAGCUAAACCUCCACUGGUCGGGCAUACUACUCGUUCUUCGUCAAGCCCAAGUUCUGAAUUUAGAUAUGAUGAGAGUUCAGCAGCAUCCUCUUCAUUCUGCACAUCAACAACACCAAUAUCUGGAAACACGAUGUUGACAUCUGAUAGAACUGACGACAGCAAUAGUAGUCGACCAAAUUACAUGAGCCUAACUGAGUCAACCAAGGCCAAGCAGAGAAAUCAGAGAAUGCUUAGACAGUCUAUGGAUGAGUUCCAAUUUCUUAAGCUCAACAAUGGUGACUCAAAGAGUUGUGCUGGUUAUGAUCCUUCAGUCAAUUUCUCAAGGCCUCUCUGUCUUCCUACUAGAAUGGAUAAAUUCUCUAGAUUAGGGGACAAGCAGAAUUGUGUCUUUGAGUAAUAAUAGAAUGACUGGGGUAAUGACAACCAAUACAACAGCUUGUUGUUGUAAAAAAAAAUAUUCUAAAAGCUGGUAGGUAUGUUUAAUUUGUUCUGGACUUGGUUUGCAGUUGUCAUUUGUAGCAAGUAUGUUACUAAGUAGAUCAUUUGCUUUAUUAUCAUAAAUUUACUGAGAUAAGUUGAUCA